UGCAUAUGCAAAAUAGGUAAUAGGCCAUUGACAAACAAAAAAGAAAAAUAGUAAAAUAAACAUAUGAAACAAAUAAAUAUAACAAGUAAAAAUGAAUAAUAAUAAUAAAUAAUAAUAGUAAAAUAAAUAUAUGAAAUAAAUAUAAUUAUAAAUUCUAAAUCACAACAGAACAAAAUACAAAGGAAAUAGUAUAUGUGCAAAAUUAUAAUCAUUUUUUAGAGUAGAGCAUGGCAGGGAGGCAAAGCAUAUGUCACGUAAACAUCAAAAGGUACAAGACAAAUAAUAAUGUGCUUUAAUGGCAAUAAUGACACAGUGCACUGAAAAUGAUCGGAAUGUCAACGGAGGAAUGUAAAUAGAUUUAUGUAAAUCAGGUCUGUUGAAAGACCUAGAUGCUCCUGAAAUCCCACUAUCAAAUAUGGAAGUUUUACCUGGAGACACUGUUACGAUUAGAUUUGAUGUUGUUGCCAGCCCAACUGCUACCUAUGUAUGGAAAACAACGCCAGCAACAACAGACGACCCAGAAACAUACACAUUUACUGUGUCUGACAAAAUUGGUGAGACUUAUACUUCAACACUUAACGUAAGUAAUGAAGUCGGAGCAAGUCAGUCGUCGGUAAAGGUAACAGUUGUUGCAUUAGUACCAACAUCGACAUCUGUAGCAUGUACUUGUGCCACAGGUGUGCACAAUAUGAUCAUGUUUCAACGAAAUACAGUUUCUUGUACAGUGCUUAUGGUCUUUGUUAAUAUUUUUAUCUGUAUAUGCUUUGCUGUGAUUGUAACUGUUGAUAACUCUAGUGAUAUAGUUGAAGGCCAUGAAACCAGAAUAACGUGUAGCAUCGUGCGAAGUAGUCCAAGUAGCGUAGCUGUACCUGUAGUAAUAUGGAAUAAUAUCACUAAUGGUGUAAUUGAUCUAAUAGCAGAUUAUAAGGUUGGAGGCGGAUUAGUACAGCCUUCAUACAGCGACAGAUUCAGUGUUAAAGGAGAAACAACACUAGUGAUUGCUAACACUCUACGAAGCGACAGUGGCACGUAUCAAUGCAUUGUGAAUAUAAGUGACGAUCCCCCUAUAAUAGCAUUUGCUGACGUCACACUUACUGUUAUAUAUGCUCCUCAAAUCUCUUCAUCAAUUAUGGAAGUCCAACCCGGAGACACUGUUACGAUUAGAUUUGAUGUUGUUGCCAACCCAACUGCAAGCUAUGUAUGGAAAACAACGCCAGAAACAACAGACACUGAUACCGACGUAGAAACAUACACAUUUACUGUGUCUGACAACAUUGGUGAGACUUAUACUGUAACAUUGAACGUAAGCAACGAGGUUGGAGAAAGUCAAUCAACUGUAAAGGUAAAAGUUGUUGCAUUAACACCAACAUCAACAUCCGUAGCAUUUACUUGCCCAACAGUAUCACAAAAAUGUUCAAGUCCAGAUACUAGUCUUACUGUUGGAAUGACGCUUUUAAGUUUCUUUGUCGGAAUCAUUUUGUCUUCAUCUUCAUUUCUCAUUCACGGAAAAAUAAGAAAUGCAAAGGCAAAGGUAUAUAUGUCGUACAGAGGGGAUCCGUGUGAAGAGAACAAGACGUAUGAAGAUCUACAGUGGAUUGGUGACAACUCAUUUAUGUAGGCAUAAAUGUCAAAACAAACAAAGAGAAUACGAAUUCAUUAUUUUGAUUUUCAGAACUGGACGGAUCGAGCAGACUACUAUAUGAUAUUCGACUUGUUAGACAAUAUAAACAUGAGAAGAAAACUAUAACAAUUAUCAUUGAUAAAAUACGGGACACUAUGAUGGGAACCAUACCGUUUCGUGGGAAUAGGGAAGAUAAUUUUCCAACAAAGGAAGCAAUGCACAUUAGGUCAAGUACACAACGAUUUAAAGCAUUACAGGCCUACUCAUGUGCAGGGAUCAACAGAAACUAGUAAUAUAUAAACACAUGAGUGUUGUGAUGUACAACCGACAUUUAGUUUAAACGUUUGCAUUGGCUGUGAAUUUGUGUUGACGAUCGGCUGAUAACGGCAGACGAAUCCAUCCAGUGUGAAACGAUCCGUCGCGUGUUGCGUUGUUCAACAAUCGUCCCUUCAGCACUGGCUUAAAUGAACGGCCAAAAUUUAACCAUUAUUUCACUUUGAAGUUAGGCAGAAGCUCUGUCUGCGACGGCCGGCUAAUAACGGCAGGCGUAUCCAUCCCCGCUCUAUGUGAGCUCGAAACGAUACGUAUUUUGGGGUCCUCUCGGUAUCGCGUCGGCCAACAAUCGAAUUGUGAGUGCCUGGCUUAAAGGAACUGUCAAAAUUUAAUGAAUGUGUGAUUUUCAAUGUUCAUAUCACGUGUUUCACUAUUGCAUUUUAGUAAAUUUUAUUCAUUAAUUAAAAAAAGUAAAUUGAUUGCAUGGAUCAUCAUAAAAACAGCAGUUGUUGAAAUACAGCAUUUAAAAUUGAUUAUUCUGAGAAUUAUAGACUCACUUAACAAUCAACAAUUUAACCAGGUGAGAAUAAUACAUUAACCGAUAAUGAUAAGAUAUAUAAGUUGUAACGUGUUAGAUCACGCAAUUUACACUUAAUUAGAUUGGCACGAUAGUCAGUAACAGCUCCUGUAGUAACAAUACAAUAAUAAUUAUAAAGUUAUGCCAAUAUUUUAAAACUAAUUUAUCGUAAUAAUAAGCUACAGGGUUUUUUUUUUAAAUGUAUGUAUUUUUAUAGUAAUUUUUAUAUUUUAUAUAAGGAGCAGCUGCUUCUCAUAUGAGUUGCAAUAACAUAUUUGCUCAAACUGUUC